CCGUGAGCGGAAAGGUUAGUUCCAUAAUGGCUGAAGAUCCCGGAGGAGCUUAUUUUAAUUUCUCUCUCAAUUUUCUCUGUUUUCUGUUACCUCUGCUGGAAAUAUGGCAGGGCACGCAGUCACGGUAGACAGUCACAGGCUCGCGUCGUCGUCAUGCCCAAGAAAGGGAACAGAAAACGGCUGAAAUUUCGAGCCGACGAUGUUUGCUCGGAGUCAGUAACGGUGGCUGACUAUGCCAACGCCGAUCCUGCCGUUGUCAAGUCCGGAAGAUUAAAAAAAGCUGUUGCUAAUGCGUUUGAAAAAAAGGUGAAGCUGCUGUGUGGGUUGGAGGCUUCGCAAGGUCCUGUACAGGAAGUUCUGUCGUCAACAGCCGAUGUAGCUAAAGAUGUGAAUGAAAGCAGUGAGGAGCUGGACUCUGAGGAAGGUGAAGGAGAAAGCAGAGGGUCACGUAAGAAGAAGAACAAGAGACGCAAAGAAAAUGGUGAAGGUGCAGAUGGGGAAGAGUAUCCCAUUGAUAUAUGGCAUGUUCUUGCUGCCUACAUCCGGCCAGAAGAUGUCUGCAGGUUUGCACUGAUCUGUAAGAGUGCCUGGACAGUCACAUGCACUGCAGCAUUUUGGACAAGACUGUAUAAGAGACACUACAGUCUUAAUGCGGACCUCCCUCCUCGCCUUCAGCCUGGCUCUCUUUUAAAGAUGCAUUGUCUCCGUGCCCGUGUAAUCCGCUCCCUGUUUCAUCUCUAUGAGCCGUUCAGCCUCCGGGUGUCCAAGAGUCCACCACUUCCUGAAUCGACUCCAAGCACACUUCUCAAUUCCAAGUGUUUGCUGUUUUGGGUCAACAAAGUCUCCGGAACUAGAGCUGAGCCCAUGUGGGAAUUCAACUUCAAGUUUGAAAAGCAGCCAACCAAGGUGAAAAAUGGCUGUGCUCAGAGUCUAGUGCUGCCCAGGCAGUAUAAGGACGUCAAUACGAACCCAGACUCGGACUGCUACCUCCUACGUGUCACCACUCUCAACUUCAUCUUCACUUCUGUCGUCAUGGGCAUGACGCUAUCCCUGUUUACCAUAAACGUGAGCACAGACAUGCGGCAUCACCGGGUGCGCUUGGAGUUCCAGGAUUCGCCCAUACUCCGGGGGAAAAAGCUGCGAGGGGAGCUAGGUGUCCAGGUGGUGCUGGACCCUGUCCACAGUGUGCGUCUCAUGGACUGGUGGCACCCUCAAUUCCCCAUGCCGUCUUGCGCUUAAAACUUCACGUGAUCCGGGAAUGACGAUUAAGGCGUGCUUCUAUCAUUUGCAAUCCUUCUGAACUUUUCUUUUCUGACAUUUUUAGCGUGUUUUGUGCAUGAGAGCAGCUGAGUUCAUGGCACGUCUACGUGCACAGGUCUUGUGGGUUUUAGGGUUGAAGUUGCAAAAAAAAAUUUUUUUUAAUUUUUUAUUAUUAUUAUUAUUAUGUGUGUUGUGUGUGGUUUUUUUUUUUUUUCUUCUUUUUUUUUUUUUUUUUUUUUCCUUUCCUUCCUUCCUCCCCCUAUAGGUUCCUCACACCAAGUCAUUACUAGUCAAAGACUGGUUUAAGAUUAUGUACUUUUCUGAGGGUGUCUCCCAGUGACUUUUUUUGGGAAAUGUAUGAAAAUUGUGUAUUAGGUAUAAGUAUAUGAAAAUAAAACAUGAGGAAGCAUGUUGGCUUGCAUGCACAUUUCAUUUCUUGCUUGUAUACGCCCAGUCUAAAUUGAAGCAAAACUGUUGUAAAUGAUUAAAUAUUGCCAAAAAAAAAGCAUUGACACCUAGACAUCCCUGAUUCACUGUAUCCAUGCAAAAGAGAUUUAGAGGACAAACAUUUGCUGUAGUCACCUGUAAUCUGUGAUAAUUGUGAUGAAGCAAGAAAAGUUGAAACUGCAAAUCAUUGCUGUUUAAAUGUUAAACACAAUUAAACCGGGGCUUAUUUCCCCAACAAUCUUCUGAUACUCCUUUUAAAUGUUCCUCUGAGACUUGUAAGUCUGUAAUGAGCUUGGCAGAGAUGGUUUUACUUUUUCAUGUCCGGUUCACUAAUUAAUGUGAACUAUUAAAUUAACUUUCAGCUCUGUGUUAACUGUAGGGCCAUGGUGGUGGUGGUUUAGCCUCUAGGACCAUGUGUUUUGCAGUUGAAAACAUGCAUGCUACACCGGUUAAAUGACGCGUGGAAGGAUUUGUAUUGUACAGAAGUUUUUGCUUUUAUGUUCAUUGGGUCAGGUAUGGUUUAAUGUUUGUUUCUUUUUCUUUUUUCUUUUUGGCGGACAACUAUUCUUAGGGUGUUAAAAGACUUUUUCAUUAUUUUGCUCAGGGGAUGAUGCUUUGCAGUUGAUUUAAUUUCAUCAGCGGAAAAGUCGGAUGCUUGAUAUUGAAUGUCAGGUCAUUGAAAUGUUUAUUGUAAUAAAUAUGACAAGUUCCAACCCUUAA